AUGUGUUCCUAUAAAAACAAGCCUGAACAGAAAGUACAGUUCUAUGUUGUUGACAUGAACGCUCAAGCAGUAUUAGGAGCUUCUACUUGCCAGGAACUAGGUCUCAUUAAACGGAUACACUCAAUACAAACUUCAGCAGGAAAAGUACCCGCAGGGAUUGAUGAAGGAUUCGAGGACCUAUUCUCAGGACUAGGAUGCUUGCCAGGAGAGCACUCCAUUAAGCUUGAUAAAUCUGUUACGCCAGUAGUACACCCCCCAAGGAGAGUACCUAUAUCGCUCAGAGAUAAAGUCAAAGAUGAACUGGACCGCAUGGAGAACCUGGGAGUUAUAGUAAAACAGGAAGAACCCACUGAAUGGGUUAACUCCCUUGUGACAGUCCUGAAACCUAAUGGGAAACUGAGGUUAUGUAUUGACCCGUGUGAUCUGAAUAGAGCUAUACAACGAGAACAUUUUCCACUCAAAACUAUUGAGGAGGUGGUUUCAAGGAUGCCCGGAGCUAAGAUUUUCAGUAAAUUAGAUCUUACUUCAGGAUUUUGGCAGUUAAAAUUGGACGAGUACAGCUCAAAGUUGUGUACCUUUAACUCUCCAUUUGGAAGGUACCGGUUCACCCGGCUGCCCUUUGGAGUCAAGUCAGCCCCCGAAGUAUUUCAACGGGUAAUAACAGAAAUGGUAUCAGACCUUGAAGGGACAGAAGCCAUAGUUGAUGAUAUAUUGGUAUGGGGAACCACCAAAGAGGAACAUGAUCACAGGCUACAGAGAGUGCUGGAACGGGCACGUGAGUACAAUGUAAAACUUGGCCAAGACAAGUGUGUAAUAGGUCAGACAGAGGUCACCUAUGUGGGACAUUUAUUGACUAAGAAUGGGGUGAAACCUGACCCCGAGAAGGUGAGAGCAGUACAAAAUAUGGAGAAACCAAUCAAUGUAAAAGAGCUCCAAACCCUAAUGGGUUUCGUGCAGUACCUACAUAAGUUUUUACCAAGACUAGCAGAGCUGGUUUCAGCUGCACCUGUACUACAGUUCUAUGAUAGCAGUAAACCACUUACCCUCUCAGUGGAUGCCAGUAGCAAAGGGGUAGGUGCUGUUCUGGUACAAGAGGAAAAACCGGUCGCAUAUGCCUCGAGGGCACUCACCACUACACAGCAAAAAUACUCACAAAUAGAAAAAGAAACGUUGGCAAUUCUGUUUGGUUGCGAGAAAUUUCAUGAAUACGUGUAUGGGCGACAAGUUACCGUGGAGUCAGACCACAGACCCCUACAGGCAAUAUUCAAAAAACCAAUUCUACAAACACCUCCGAGGUUACAGAGAUUGUUAUUAGCUAUGCAACGUUAUGAUGUGGAAGUCGUUUACAAGCCAGGAAAGCUCAUGUUUUUAGCAGACCAUCUGAGUCGUGCAUACUUGAAAGAAACAAAAGAAGUUUUGGUUCCAGACUUACAGGUUAAUGAAAUUCAUCUGACUGCAUAUUUACCUGUUUCACCAGAGAAAUACAAACAACUCAAAGAGGCUACAGCUACAGAUGAUGAGUUACAGAAGUUACAGGAUAUUGUUCUGUACGGAUGGCCAGACAACAAGGUGGACGUACCAGCUGAGCUACGUUCAUAUUGGACCUUUCGCGAUGAAAUAUCGUGCAUUGAUGGGCUCAUGUACAAAUCUCAUAAACUCGUAGUGCCCAGGUCUAUGAAAAAAGAAAUGUUGGACCUUAUUCACUCUUCUCAUCUUGGUGUAGUGAAAUGUAAGAACAGAGCAAGGGACAUACUGUUCUGGCUAGGCAUGUCACGAGACAUUGAGGACCGAGUCAACUCAUGUGAGAUAUGUGCCAAGCAUAAUAAUGCAAACCAUAAGGAGCCAAUGAUCGCGACAGAGUUGCCCAUUAGGCCAUGGUCUAAAAUAGGUGUGGACCUGUUUGACUACAAUAAUGAAUCGUACCUACUGACCGUGGAUUAUUUUUCAAAAUGGCCAGAAAUUGUGAGACUUGAAUCUACUACCGCAAAGUGUGUCAUCAGUCACAUGAAAAGUCAAAUGGCAAAGUAUGGUAUACCUGAUUUAGUAAUCAGUGACAAUGGACCCCAAUUUGCUAGCUUUGAAUUUAAACAGUUCUCACAGCAGUACCAGUUUGAACAUACUACUUCAAGUCCACAUUAUCUAGUCAAAUGGGCAAGCUGA